CUCGGGCAUAAAUCAUCUUCUGUUUCCAUUUGUACAGAGAGAAGACAGUAACACCUCACAGGAUUGCUGUAGGAUUUAUUGAUAUUAAUAUCCAAUAUUAAUAAUACCGAGGAUAAAAGCUAUCACUUACUGAGGCUUACUAUGUGGCAGGCGCCGGGCCCAGCAAUUUCCAUGCAUUAUCUCCUUGAAUCUUCACGGCAACUCCACGAGGAAACUGAGGCUCGCGAUGCCUCGGCGGGUUAGUGGUAACAGCAGGGCUCGAUGAGACAGUGCAGGAAGACAUUCUCUAUAAACCGCGAACCCCUGGCCUGUUUUCUGACGACCUAAGAAAAUGUUGCCUCCCCACCGCUGUCCAUGUUUAUUCCCCGCGGGCUGCGGACGUCCUUGGAACCUUCUUCCAGCAUGGCGGUUUUCAGAGCUCUCUCUGGUGUUUUCCACUCUUCGCGCCACCGCCCUGGGAAUCCUGCCCAGGUACUAAUUUUCUGAAGGAGGACAAGAGCCUGUCAAGUGGGAGAACAAUCUUGUGACUGACCCGUUGGCCCCCUGUGCUGUUAGCAGAGCCCGGAGCCCUGGAGGGCCGAGGGGCUGCCUCCGGGGCCCGGGAUGGCACUCUCGGUGACAGGGCUCACUGUCUUCUCUCUCCUGCAAACUGCCCUCUCCCUGAACCCCGAGGACCCCAACGUGUGCAGCCACUGGGAGAGCUAUGCGGUGACCGUCCAGGAGUCCUAUGCACACCCCUUCGACCAGAUCUACUACACGCGGUGCACAGAUAUCCUCAGCUGGUUCAAGUGCACCAGGCACCGGAUCAGUUACAAGACGGCGUAUCGGCGUGGCCUCCGGACCAUGUACCGGCGCAGGUCCCAGUGUUGCCCUGGCUACUACGAGAAUGGAGACUUCUGCAUACCCCUGUGUACGGAAGAGUGUGUGCACGGCCGCUGUGUUUCCCCGGACACCUGCCACUGUGAGCCCGGCUGGGGAGGGCCCGACUGUUCCAGCGGCUGUGACAGCGACCACUGGGGCCCCCAUUGCAGCAAUCGGUGCCAAUGCCAGAAUGGAGCCCUGUGCAACCCCAUCACGGGCGCCUGCGUGUGUGCCGCCGGCUUCCGCGGCUGGCGCUGCGAGGAGCUCUGUGCGCCGGGCACCCACGGCAAGGGCUGCCAGCUGCAGUGCCAGUGCCGCCACGGAGCCAGCUGCGACCCCCGCACGGGCCAGUGCCUCUGCGCGCCGGGCUACACCGGAGUCUACUGUGAGGAGCUGUGUCCACCUGGAAGCCACGGGGCUUACUGUGAGCUGCGCUGCCCCUGCCAGAACGGGGGCACCUGCCACCACAUCACUGGAGAGUGUGCCUGCCCCCCAGGCUGGACGGGAGCAGUGUGUGCCCAGCCCUGCCCACCAGGGACAUUCGGCCAGAACUGCAGCCAGGACUGUCCUUGCCACCAUGGAGGGCAGUGUGAUCAUGUGACUGGACGGUGCCACUGCACAGCUGGCUACAUGGGGGACAGGUGCCAAGAGGAAUGCCCGUUUGGGACCUUCGGCUUCCAGUGCUCACAGCGCUGUGACUGUCACAACGGAGGCCAGUGCUCGCCCACCACCGGCGCCUGCGAGUGUGAUCCUGGCUACAAAGGCCCCCGCUGCCAGGAGCGGCUGUGCCCCGAGGGACUGUAUGGCCUGGGCUGUGCCUUGCCCUGCCCCUGUGAUGCCGACAACACCAUCAGCUGCCACCCAGUAACUGGAGCGUGCACCUGCCAGCCAGGCUGGUCUGGCCACCACUGCAACGAGUCCUGCCCUGCUGGCUACUAUGGCAAUGGCUGCCAGCUGCCUUGCACCUGUCAGAACGGCGCCGACUGCCACAGCAUCACUGGGAGCUGCACUUGUGCCCCAGGCUUCAUGGGAGAGGUCUGUGCAGUUCCAUGUGCCAUGGGGACCUACGGCCCCAACUGCUCGUCCGUCUGUACCUGUAACAACGGUGGUACCUGCUCCCCCGUGGAUGGCUCCUGCACCUGCAAGGAAGGGUGGCAAGGCCUGGACUGCACCCUGCCGUGUCCCAGCGGGACGUGGGGCCUGGACUGCAAUGAGAGCUGUACGUGUGCCAACGGGGCAGCCUGCAGCCCCGCCGAUGGCUCCUGCUCCUGUGCCCCCGGCUGGCUCGGAGACACCUGCGAACUGCCCUGCCCGGAUGGCACAUUUGGGCUAAACUGCAGUGAGCGUUGUGACUGCAGCCAUGCGGACGGCUGCGAUCCUGUCACAGGUCACUGCUGCUGCCUGGCUGGAUGGACAGGCAUCCGCUGUGACAGCAUGUGUCCACCUGGUCGCUGGGGCCCCAACUGCUCCGUCUCCUGCAGCUGCGAGAACGGUGGCUCCUGCUCCCCAGAGGACGGGAGCUGCGAGUGUGCCCCUGGCUUCCGAGGACCCUUGUGCCAGAGAAUCUGCCCCCCUGGCUUCUAUGGCCAUGGCUGCGCCCAGCCAUGUCCCCUCUGCGUGCACAGCAGUGGUCCCUGCCACCACAUCAGUGGCAUCUGUGAGUGCCUCCCUGGAUUCUCCGGAGCCCUCUGCAACCAAGUGUGUGCUGGAGGGCGCUUUGGACAGGAUUGCGCCCAGCUCUGCUCCUGUGCCAACAACGGGACCUGCAGCCCCAUCGAUGGCUCCUGCCAGUGCUUCCCUGGAUGGAUUGGCAAGGACUGCUCACAGGCUUGCCCACCAGGGUUCUGGGGCCCCGCCUGCUUCCACACGUGUAGCUGCCACAACGGGGGACGCUGUAGUGCCGAGGAUGGGGCCUGCCACUGCACCCCUGGCUGGACUGGACUCUUCUGCACUCAGCGCUGCCCCACAGCGUUUUAUGGGAAGGACUGUGGGCGUGUGUGCCAGUGUCAGAAUGGCGCCAGCUGUGACCACAUCAGCGGCAAGUGCACCUGCCGCACGGGCUUCACCGGGCGACACUGCGAGCAGAGAUGUGCCCCAGGAACCUUUGGCUACGGGUGUCAGCAGCUAUGUGAGUGCAUGAACAACGCCACCUGUGACCACGUCACCGGCACCUGUUAUUGCAGCUCUGGAUUCAAAGGAAUACGGUGUGACCAAGCUGCCCUCAUGAUGGAGGAGCUGAAUCCCUACACCAAGAUCAGCCCGGCGCUGGGUGCAGAGCGGCACUCGGUGGGUGCUGUCACAGGCAUCGUCCUCCUGUUGUUCCUCAUUGUGGUGCUGUUGGGCCUGUUCGCCUGGCGCCGGCGGCGACAGAAAGAGAAAGGCCGUGACCUGGCUCCCCGUGUCUCCUACACACCUGCCAUGAGGAUGACCAGCACGGACUACUCACUCUCAGAUUUGUCUCAAAGUAGCAGCCAUGCCCAGUGCUUUUCCAAUUCCAGCUACCACGCACUGGCGUGCGGGGGGCCUGCCACCAGCCAGGCCAGCACUCUGGACAGGAACAGCCCCACCAAGCUCAGUAACAAGUCCCUUGACAGAGAAACAGCAGGCUGGACCCCAUACAGCUUUGUGAACGUGUUAGAUGCAGGCAAAAGAUGCACUCACCAUCUGAGAAAGGGACCCUUCCCUGAGCCAGGCCCUGCCAAAGUACUUCUUUUCAAGGACUGCUUCCUCUGCCCUGAUGUCCUGAUCAGUGCCCUGGAGGCCAGGUACCCGCCCGAGGACUUCUACAUUGAACUUAGACACCUCAGCCGCCCCGCUGAGCCACACUCACCAGGUGCUUGUGGAAUGGACAGACGUCAGAACACAUACAUUAUGGACAAAGGCUUCAAAGAUUACAUGAAAGAAUCCGUGUGCAGUUCUAGCACUUGUUCCUUGAAUAGCAGUGAAAACCCUUACGCCACAAUUAAGGACCCACCCAUCCUCACCUGCAAGCUUCCAGAAAGCAGCUAUGUAGAAAUGAAGUCGCCUGUGCACAGAGGGUCUCCGUACACAGAUAUACCAUCCUUGUCGACAUCUAAUAAAAAUAUAUAUGAAGUUGAGCCCACAAUCAGUGUGGUCCAAGAAGGCCUCGGUCAUAACUCCAGCUAUAUCCAGAAUCCAUACGACCUACCUAGGAACAGCCAUAUUCCUGGUCAUUAUGACCUCCUCCCAGUAAGACAAAGCCCUGCCAAUGGGCCCUCCCAGGACAAGCAGUCUUAAGAGAGAAGCCUCUCUCUUGCAAUGUGCUCUGCUGAAUAUUCUGACUCUCUGAAAGAAGACAAUCCCUUGACUUGAAAUAAUGACACAGACUGACUUCAGCUGCGUGUUAGUUAUUACUUUCACCUGGAACUAAAGAAGAGCUUCCAAGCGGGACUGGGGUCAUUGUUCAAAAGGUCUGUUCACAAAGGCAAAUCCUAUCCACCCACCCACACCCAACCCAAAAUGCCCAGGACUAUAUAGGAUCUUUUAAAACAUUUCAGAUACAGCUACUGAACAUCAGCUAAAUAUAUAUAUUGACAUACUUAAUCAUCUGAAAAUGAUGCUUAAGAAAACACAUAGCAUAGGUUUCACAAACUUCCUAGGGGGAAGGGGAAACUGGGGAGGGGAAUGGAUUACUUUAAAGCACCUGAAAUGUAUAUGUACUUUUGGUUGCUGUUACCUUCCACCUCUGUUUUAUUACCUAAAUAAUACACAAACACAAACUGCUAAUAUCACCACUAAAGUACCUACACAUGUAUGUCUGAUCCACCCAUCACAAUGGCCAAGAUUACAGCGUACAGUCUAAUACUGACAACUUCAAUUUUUUAAAAGUAAGACUUUAAUAAAUACAGAUGAACUUUCCCUCUUCUGCCCUUCGUGGUAGUAGGAGGGGGAAAGUUUUCCAAAGCGCAGCAGCUGCCUCUUUCAGUCUACAACAAUGAUUUCUAGGCCAGCUUUACCAAAUCUUGCUGAUUCAAGGUUCAACAACAUUGCCCAGUCCUGGCCUUGUCAUGUCUCCUUACUCCAUCCAAUACCUGAGUCAUUCCAGGUGAACUAGAACUCUGAGAUGAUGCUUUAAGCAAUCAGUCACAGACUGGUGUGAAUUAAGCAUCCCUAAAAACGGCUGUUUGGCCUCCCAUAUUUAUUUGGUUGGCAUUCCUCGAGUCAGACGAGUACUUGCUUUCAAGCAUUUCUUUGUAAAUCUUGAGCUUGAUAUAGUAUAGGACCUAAAGGUGUAGAGGAAGUUGGACAAAAGUGGAUAGAGCAAGUUUAACAGUCUGCUUAAAGUACAUUAUGCUUCUUGAUGGAAAUGAAAUUGAUCAAAUAAAGACUGUAAUCAGGUGCUGUAACAUGAUGUAAAACUUCACAGUAAACAGCAUAUAAGGGUAUGAAGUGUUUCUACUGAAAACCACCACCUACUCAGAGGGCCAAAAACGUAUCAAAACGAGCUCAUGCUCCAGAUCCCAGUAUUUGGAUGUGUCCAUACCUCCCACUAGUAGUAAACACAGGUAGACGGGGGCUCAGGAGUCAAAAUGGAGCCAAUUCCCAAGCCCUAAAAAAGAGGACCUCCUCACAAGAAUUCCAGACCAUAAGGGCAAACCGAGGAAACUAAAGGCCACCCGUAUACUACUCCAUUCUGAUAAGAGUCCAGCCAGUAACAAUUCCUUCCAAAGAGGUAUACAGAAGAGGGACUCAACGGGUAUAGAGCUGGCAUAUAGCUGCUAUAGGAAGUGUGGGAGUUCUGAGGCCCUUGAUACAACCUGGAAGUCUGCCAUGGAACCCAUUAGUUUGGGCAAUAACCAGCAAAAGCAAGAAAAGAAAUAAAUGAGUAAAUCCCCCUCCCUCACUUCACACAAGGCUUAAGCAAAUUUUAUCGUUAGGGGAAAAUAUAGAAUACUUACAUGAAUGCUGCAUGUGUGCAUGGGAGCAAGUGAUCAGCAAUAGCAAAUUUCCUUUCCACUGAAGCCUUACAAAAUAGAAAUACUAGAAAAUUCCUUUGUAGACCCAAGUAAAUAUGUCUCAUACAUACAUAGAAAGAAAUAGAGAUAAGAGACUUACCUCAGUAUGUCAGGGCAGCAAAGUGCUCAAUUAUCUUUUUAAACAAGGAUCAAGAAGCAUGGCGAAGUCAGAUCAGCCAGGAGAAACUUCAUCUGAAUCCCAGGUUUUAUCUUCUUCCCCUACCCUGCAUGUACAGUAACUGCUGCCUGGCAAACUGCAAACCAGCAGCAGCAUUCAGGUUUCACCUCUUUUUUGCCAACUAUCUCAUGGGCAAAAUUCGGCAAGAGGUAGUUAGCAUGGUGGAAUUGCUAAAGCGCUGGGUCAGGAGAGUUACUUGCCCUCUCUGGACUCCUUUCUUCCUUGUGUAUUAAAAAGGAGAGAAGUAGAGAGUAAGGGAGCUCUCACAACCCCUCAGCUCUGGCAUUCUAUGAUUUUUUAAAGAAAUGUAAUGCAAUUCAUAUUAGGCAGCACAGAGAAGGGAAAGGCAGAGGGUGUGAUUAAUCUGUGGUGACAACAGCUGCCUUCACGUAUCUAGGAGUUACUGGUAAGAGACAUUUGAAUCUUACAGAGCAACUGUUAGGAACUUCCAUCUAGCACUAUCACACACAGGUUCGUGGUCAACCUAUAUAUGAGCACUGUGCAUUUUAUUGGCAACUUGGAAAGAUCUGUGUGAUUAUUUUACAGAAACUAGUUUUCACUCAAAGUGAUGUGCAUACAAUUCAAACAAAUAAAGAAAACACUAUUAUUGUACAAUAGCGUAAGUGAAACUAUGAAAUGGCAAUACUUUUUUAAAUAACCCAGAUUUGUAAUAUAUUUGUUCACUGUGCAGAGGAAUCGUACCUUGUACAAAAUAAAAUGAAUUUCUCGAACUAA